UCUAUAGAUAAAUAGGCUAUUUAUUGCGGAAGUAAUGGCUUCCUAAAUUUUAAUUGAAGACCAUUAUGAAUAGUUACAAUUAAAUAUAAACAAAUAUUAAUCAUAAUGUAAUGAAUUGCAGACGGUCAAGUGCAUGAAGUGUUUUAGGUAUUAUCCGGCAUUCGUCUUUAACACAAAAAUUCUAUGCCGCGUCCAGUGAGUUGUUACAAAGAAUUCUCCAAAAAACAUAUUCGUUUGUGUUAAAUGGAAACAUGUCUUGAAUUGCUGAAAGAAACGUGAUUUCAUAAUAAGCACUGGUAUGUUUCAACAACUAUUCCCGAGGAUUGACAAUAGUAAUGACGACUCACGCUAAGCUGAACAAAAUACUAGCUAGGUAAUUAGAACAUUCUUCGUCUGUAUUAUGGAUAACGGUAGCAGAAUGAACGCAAAUAGGAAGAAAGUGAUGAGUAAAGAGGAAGAGGAAGAAGACUCUGAGGAAACAUGGGACAGUGAUGAUGAUGACGAGACCAUUGCUAGAAUUCAGCGGCAGCAUUUCGCGCAAGCAGCAGCUAUGGGUUCUCGAAGACGACCCGCCGCAAGACCUCGUCCUAUGAGCAACAAACGAAAAAUGGAAGCAGUAAAAACCUUUCAUGAUUUCACAAAAAAAUUAAAGCAAGACACUGGUAUUACAAUCCGUAGUUUAGUUGGUAACAAUAUACUAGAGUUAAGUGACUUAGACAGUGAAAGUAGUAUGUCUGAUAGUGAUGGACUAUCUGAGGAGGAGUUUGUUGUCAACCCUAGUGCUGUGUCAGAGUUAAAUGAAGAGGAUGGCAGUUAUAUUGACCCCGAGACUGGUGACAUAGUAGAGUCUAAGAAACAGUUAGAGACUAAAAAUAAAGAACCCGAAGAGAGGUCAGAGCCUUUGGAAAUUAAAGAAGAAAGUAAUCAACAGAAUGAAGAGCCAAAAACGCUGUCUAUUAGUGAUAUUAUUAAUGAGGGUGAUUUAGAUUUGAGUAAUAAGAAUGUGGAGAUCUCAGAAGUGGAAGGCAGUGAGUUGUGCCCUAAAGCCGAGGAAUUAUUAGAUAUAAAGCAGGAGGAAGGUAGUCAAGAUUUUGAUAUAACAGAAAAAUUAAAAGAGAUGGGCGAAAUAAGUGUGAAACCAAUUAAAAAGGAAGGAGAGGAAGGGGAGGAACCUCCUGCAGGAGAAAAUGUUGAUCCAGAGGAUGAGAAGAAGGGCAACUCAAGUGCAUUGAAUGUGCGUCGUAACAUUCGAGAAGUAAUGGAUGAGAAGAAUUUGGAUGCAUCCACAUUAGCAGCACAACGGCAAGAAUCCGAGCGUUUGGCUCGAGUUCAGGAGCAACAGAGGAUUAUCAGAGAGGUUCAAAGGCAAAUAGCACUGAAUCGUCAGAACAAAAUUCAUCAGAAGACACUAUCUUUGCUGCAAGGUGGAUCCUCCCUGUUAAAGAAAGGCCAGGCUGGACACAAACUGAACUUACCAAACACAGUACUAGUGAAGUUACCAUCUGGUGAGGUGAAAAAAACUACAAUGAAACAUGGGCAAUUGGAAGUCACUAAAGUCCCCAAACCAACCACUUCUGGCGCUGGUAGCAAAAGAGAGGUUGUGGAAAUAGUUGAUAGUAGCAGUGGUGAGGAAUCUUCCUCAUCUUCAUCAGACUCUGACGACUGUAUCAUGUUAUCGGACUCUGAAGUUCCACCUAGCCCUGAAGCCGAAGAAGACCCACAUAACUCAGGUUUACAUGUGAAUGACACCUACAACAUACCUGAUGAACAAGGUCGCGUCUUGAUCAAUAUUGGUCACCCAGAGAAUGAAGAAGAUAUAUUCUUAGCACCCCAAAUUGCAAGAGUUAUCAAACCUCAUCAGAUUGGCGGCGUGAGAUUUCUCUUUGACAAUAUAAUUGAAUCUGUGGAGAGAUUCUCGACGUCCACCGGUUUCGGAUGCAUUCUGGCGCAUUCCAUGGGCCUCGGAAAGACUCUGCAGAUCGUAUGCUUCUGUGAUAUUUUCCUCAGGCACACGACGUCCAAAACUGUGCUGUGUAUAAUGCCAAUCAAUACAUUGCAAAAUUGGGUGGCCGAAUUUAACAUGUGGCUGCCAUUAGACGCGACCAACAGUCCCCUAUCGGCGCACGGCGAGGUGCGGCCGAGGAACUUCCCAAUUUACGUGCUCAACGACAGCCAUAAAACACUGCAGAUGCGCGCUAAAGUUGUUAAGGACUGGACUACCACUGGCGGCGUGCUCAUGAUAGGUUACGAACUAUACAGACUGUUGAGUAUGAAAAAAGACAAGAAACCUCGUAAGAAAAAGAAAGCAGACGCCAAGCUUGAGGCGGAGAAAGAGAAGGAGAAGGACAAACUGGAGGGAGCCAAUGAGGACACUCAAAUUUCAGAUGAGUCCAAAUUGGACAAAGAGGAUGGUGAUACUCAAGGGAAACUGGACGCUGAAAUAAGAGAGGAGGUAACCAAGAAGGACGAGAAUGCUCCUACGGAUGAGGACAAGAAAUUGUUGGACGAAAUGUAUGAGGCGCUGGUUCGCCCUGGCCCCGACUUGGUCAUAUGUGACGAAGGCCAUAGAAUCAAAAAUUCCCACUCAAAUAUUUCAUAUGCUCUGAAACAAAUGAGAACAAAACGAAGAGUGGUGCUCACUGGUUAUCCAUUACAAAACAACUUGUUGGAAUACUGGUGUAUGGUCGAUUUUGUUCGCCCAAAUUACCUCGGCAGCAAAACGGAAUUCUGCAAUAUGUUCGAGAGGCCCAUUCAGAACGGCCAGUGUAUAGACUCCACGCCUCAGGAUAUCAGGCUCAUGCGAUAUAGAGCCCAUGUGCUGCAUUCGUUGCUUGUUGGUUUUGUUCAAAGACGAUCUCACGCCGUUCUCCAAUCGACAUUGCCUCAGAAAGAGGAGUACGUGCUUCUAGUCCGCAUGACGCCGCUCCAACGCAAACUGUACGAUAGAUUCAUGAAUGAAGUCGUCCGUUCCACAUCUGUGCCAAACCCGUUGAAAGCAUUCGCUAUUUGUUGUAAGAUAUGGAAUCAUCCAGACGUUUUAUACCAUUUCCUAAGGAAACGAAGUGAAGCCAACGCGGCCAUUGAAGAAGAUUUAGACUUGGAAGAGCUGGGCGGAGUAACAAAAGCUGGUCGCGCUAGAAAUAGCAAAGCGCAGCCGAGACGAGCCGCUAAACCUAGGGGCGCACCUAAAAAACCUGCGGCAACAAUCCCCCCAAACACCACCACGGGUUCCAUACCACAAAAGCCUGAUCCUAACGCGUACGGGAACCCUCCGUUCACGCCCAACGGACCGUACGGACCCAACCAGUACCGGCCUGAACCACACGGCCCCUAUCCGCCCUACCCGGCCAAUUAUCAACACCCUAACACGGGGUACUAUCCGCCUAAUCCACAGUACAAUCAGAAUUACGACAGCAAUUACUACCAACAACAACCGCCAUACACCAAUAACUAUCCUAAUCAGUACCCACCAAAUAAUCCAGAUUGUGGCCAACAGUACAAUCAAAAUUAUUGGGGGAACGGUAACUACUACGGCAAUUCGGGAGGAUAUUACAAUAAUCCUCAAUAUCCAAAUAACCAGCCCCCUCACGGUGAUUAUUCCAACCAACAAUAUCCACCUAAUUACAACGCACCGCCAAACACACCACCGUAUCAAGGAAACGCUAUUCAACCGUAUCAAAAUAAUCAAGAUGGCUACGGUAACCAACAACGCCCGCCGUACCCUGGUUAUAAUCAACCAGGCUACCCAGAAUACAAUUCGAAUGCUGUCCCACCACCGUAUCCAAGUAACUCGUCAUCACAAGAGUAUCCAAAUCAAUCUUAUCCACCCCCGCCUUACACUGGAGAUCCCGCCUAUGCGCCUAGUACCCAACCUCCGUACAAUCAAUAUGGUUCCCAAUCUCAAAAUUACCCUGGAUAUCCAAAUAAUCCACAAAACAUGCCACCGAAUCAAACAGAAAAUACCUUACCUAACCCAGCUGUCAAAGAUGAAUCAAACACAACACGUAAUUUCCCUGUAAAUGAAAUGAAAUCUGAAACAAAUGUUCCUCCAUCUGGCUAUAACGAUCCUUCGUACGGUUAUCCUCCAAAUACUAACUAUCAACAAGGAAAUGGUACUAGUAAUUAUCAAAACCAGUAUCCCAAUUUCCCACCUCAUUUAGAGACUAAACCGCCAUUGGGUAGCGCCAGUUCCGGUAGUCCAGUUACUUCAUGGCCAAUAACAGAACUAAAGACUGAAGUUGAUAGGCUCAAAGCCGAAGAAAAAGUAGAAAUGAAGUCUGAAUCAGAUGGUGAGGUCAAAAUAGAAGAUUUAGAUACUAAGAAAAUUGUCAAAGACGAUACAAAAAAACACAUAACGGAAACGAUUCCUAUUAAACCAACUACGGAAGUUUCUAAACCAGAUAUUAAUACUAAGAAACCUGAGAAAGAGUCAAAGUCCGAAAAGACAGACGCGUCAGAAUCGGAAGAUGAAGAAAAAGUGCCAAAGAAAGGCAGACCAAGACGAAAAGGCAAAGAAAGUAAAAAGGCCGAAAAGCCUAAAGCUAAGGGUAAACCUAAAGCUAAAGGUAGAAAGGACAGAAAUAAAUCAAAAGAUAAAAAUGAUGACUCUCAAUCUGAUGAAAGUGAAAAAGAUGAGAAGCCUAACAGAGAGGAAGAAUUAGCUCUUGUCAAGAAAGCUGAGGAAAUGACCUAUGAUUGGGCAGCUGAAUUGCUGAAAGAUUACGUGCCAGGGAUUAUAGAGAAUUCUGCCAAGAUGGAAUUAUUCUUUUACUUACUCAAUGAAAGUAUAAAACUUGGCGAUAGAAUUUUGCUGUUCAGUCAGAGUUUAUUCACAUUGAAUCUCAUUGAAGACUUUUUAGAAAGAAAUUACAUUCCUGGAACAAAUUGUCUAUGGGAAAGGAAUACAAAUUAUUAUCGUCUCGACGGUUCUACCCACGCUCUAGAGCGCGAAAAGCUUAUAAACGAGUUCAAUGCGAAUCCGAACAUCUAUUUGUUCCUGGUCUCCACUCGGGCGGGGUCACUAGGGAUCAAUUUGGUGGGAGCCAAUCGCGUCAUCGUAUUCGACGCCAGUUGGAACCCCUGCCAUGAUACACAGGCUGUUUGUCGUGUGUACAGAUACGGUCAAAAGAAACCGUGUUUCGUGUACCGCUUCGUGAUGGACUGGUGCCUGGAGAAGAAGAUCUACGAUCGUCAAAUUAACAAGCAAGGCAUGGCCGACCGCGUGGUGGACGAGUGCAAUCCUGACGCUGUGCUUUCUAUGAAGGAAAUCACCAAUCUCUGCUUCGAUAAUGACGAAAAGGAGUCCGAACCGAAAGAUCUCUCUGAGCAUAAAGACAAGUACAUUGAUAUGCUGAUGCAAGGAAUCAUAACACACCAUUGGAGGUUGCUAAGCAAGGAGCCGUUCCAACACGAAUCGUUGCUAGUUGAUAGGAAAGAGAAAAAAUUGUCAAGUGCCGAAAAGAGACUGGCGCAAAGAGGGUACGAAUUGGAGAAGAAAGCGGCUCUAGCACCAAAACCGACGACCGCUUAUCGUACUGUCCGAACUGCCGACGGAGCUUUGGUUCAACGACCCGUGGCGUCAGUCCGCCCCAUGCAGCACGCCGCGCGGUGGAUCCCCGCCGACGUGUGGCGGAGACAGGGAAUGACGGCGCAGGAAAUGACGUUGCCAUUAGAUGUCGUGAUACCAACUAAUUCGGCGGAGAAAACCAAUAUUGUUCUUAAGGCGGGCCAAAGAGUGAUGGUGCUGAAAUCUCCAAAAGGCAUCUACAUGCAGCUUGAAUCUGGCAAGAUUAUUGCUAUCAAAACCUCUUUCAAGGGAUUAGGAGGUCAGAAGAGUGAUACCAAGGACAGUCCAAUAGGAAAGAAGGUUAUGGGUAGUAGACAAGUAUCGAACAUCCCAGGAGCAUUGAAGAACAAUUCAGCAAUAACAAUAAUGUCUAGGGCGCCCAGAGGUGGUUAUCAGAGAGUAAUGGCGAGGCCCAAUAUCAUGGGUCAAAAAAUGGGUCGGCCAAUGAUACCCAGCCAGAAAAUAGCUGAACUAAGAUCUCGCUUAGGAGACCUUAAAUCCUAUACAGGCAUGCGGCCUAGGUCUCCUGUGCCUCAUCCUAGAUUAUUGAAGACCAACUUGCCAGGCUCAGUCAGUAUUACAAAGAUACCUAAAGACACGAAGAGAUCAGAUAAUGAUAAUAGUGACAGCAACCCAGCGAGUAAAAUGGACCUCGAUUCUGAAGACGACACGCAAGUGUUGGACAGUGAUGAUGAAGAAACCCCUAAAGUUAAUAAGAAUCCAUCUACUAGUAAUAAUGCAAAUCAAGAUAAUAAGAGAAUUGAUGGUACAGAUGAUUCAAAAUCAGCUGAUGGGUUUGAUAAACAACAAACAAAACCACACAGCGAGAAAUCGGAACGAUCAGAACCAUUAGUGUUGACAACCGACGAAAAACUCCCAACCGAAGACAAUUUUGAAGAUAGAUCUGGGGAGACAUUAGAUCUGUCGAAAACCUCAAAACAGACAAGAAGGCCAAUGAGUCGCGAUAUAGAACAAGAGCGGACGACGGUGGAAAAUCUCUCUAUGGAUGCAAUAUUAUCUGAAGAACGAUUGGGGAACAAAACCAAUUUGUUAAAAAAUUACAGACACCAACGUCUAGGCAGUCGGCCACAGAACGAAUCGAGCCUGAGUCAGCUGGAAAGAACGGCUAGUGUAAUGAGUAAGGAGGGAAUGCCGGACUUCCGCAAGAAUUUAGACGAUAUUACGCAGUCAUAUUCGCCUAGUAAUGAGGAGAAGCCAGCGGCGAAAUCUAAAAAGAAGAAGUCUCCGAACAAAGCAGAAAUGCCUGAGCAGAAUGAGAGAUUACCGCAGUCAAAUGUCGGGAUGUCCCAUAGUGUAUCUAGUUUAUUGGGGAAUCAAAAGCCGAGGAAAGGAGAGCAGAAUACAGCGCCAGUGGUACCAGUGGAGGGGUCUAUUCCUCAACCCAGGAUGCCGAAUAGGCCGACGAUGUCGCACGAACCUCAUAUAAGUGCGAUGCAUCAUUCUGGAGGUUCCAUAGUUCCUAAUAAUCCCGCAGGCGGGCCUCCCGCGUUGGACGCUAAAGCAGGCCCUUUGCCGGGCAAUCCCGUGCCUGGUCAGGCGUACCCCGGGGCUAAUCCCCCUCCAGAAGGCUAUGCUCAAUAUCCAGGAUACGGAAUGGGUUACGGAGCAUAUCCCAACCCCGCGUACUAUGGCGGGUACGGCGGCGCCGGGUACUACCCUCCGUACGGGGCUCCCCCGGCCGCUGCCUACCCCGCCGCGCCCGCCGCGCCGCCGCCCCACGCGCAGGAUUAUCUUCCGCCUAACCCUCAGUGGUAGACAGAGUGAAAAUUGUAUAAUAAUACUCCAAAACCGUGUGGUAAAGUUAAAUACGUCGCGAGUCAAGUUUCCUUAACGUGAUUGUAGCGUUUAUUUCCUAUUUUUUGUAACUCUUGUUUACUUCCAUUUAAGAAAACGAACGGCGUAUUCUUUUCGUGUUUGUUGCGGCGUUGACAGACUUUUGUCUGUAUUCAAAAUGGAGGACGACAUUUUAAGCCCGUAAUUUUUUGGGUGUGACGAAUGAGCGUGGCGUACGGAACAAAUCUCAAUGUGAACAUUUUUCAAUGGAAUAUGUUACUCAUAUUAGUACUUACGUAAUAAAACAUUGAUUAGAAUGAUAUUAGGGUAUACGCAGUUUUCAAGUGAACAAACGAAUGUAUUGAUGUGAAUAAAGAUUUAAUUUGUGAACUGAUAUUAAACUUAAAAAGUGAGUGUUAGAUCUUUAAAGUACAUUUGAAUAUGUAAGCCUGGGCGCAUACUGCGGCUUGUUCAAUCUGUGAGAAAGUAUUCUUAUGUACUUUGAUUUUAUUGUCAUUGCGACAGUUUUAUUUUAAAGUAUGGAGCGCAAACAUACGUAGUAUGCGCCAGGCCUAAGUGUGAUGUUUAAUAAUGUCUCUCCAUUAUUUUGGCUAUGGUCGUUGAUGGAUGUGAUAUGUUACUGAAUUAGAUUUAAGCGUCGAAUAUAGCGUGUAUGGAGUAUUUAUCAAACUAAAUAUAGCUUAGAUAGGCGCCCAUAGAUAUCUUAGAAAUUAGUCGUCAUUUAAUCAUUCAUGCCUGUGACAUGAGAGGUGAUCAUAAUGUAAUUUAUUUGCAUAUCUUUCUAAUUCUUUUUACAUUGAUUUACAAUGAUCUGAAAUUAUUAAAUUGUAUUUUACCCGUGUUUCUAUUUUUUCUUUGGUGUGUUUUCGAAAGUGAUUUAUUCUUUAGUUUAGGAUAUUUUCUUACAAUUAACUUAUUAGGCUCAAAUAUUAUUGUUGUAAUCUAUGACUCCCAUAAAAAAAAAAACAUGGGUUAUACAUCAUAAUUUGACAAUUGUACAUUUUAAGUAUCAUUAUUAUUUUAUGAAGAUCUAGUAGUAUUUUUAUUUACGUAAAUCGAUCCGCUUUGCGGUUGAGCGUAUGCAUUUGCUUGUCCAAAUGAACGAGAUUUUAUUCUGGUCAUUUGUUAUUUGAGUAGACAAAUUACAUGUUGCUUGUAGUCGGACAAAGUCGGAAACUAUUUUGGCAACUGUUUUGUGUAGUUCAAAGCAUUGUGAUUGAAUGAACUUAAACAAUAACAGAGAAUGCAACAUUUGACUUUAUGUUUGUUGUUAUCUCUGAACAAUCUUCCAACAGUAUUAUUAUUUCGCUUUUGUAUACGGUUUCUAAAUCUAAGGAACAAUUAAAGAAAUUAGCUAAGUACGCUAAGUAUAAGUAAAUUGGAAUGAUUCAUUUGCAUAUUAUAUAGCGUUGCCUAUAAAAGUCACUUGUUAACUAAUGUUCCACUUUCAAUUCCAAGAAUAAGAAUAAUUCCUAUAAAUAAUCUUUAAAAUCAGUUGUUAAAAUAAUAUUCCAGUUUAAAUUCAUAAAAUAAAUGUAACGACAGGAUUACAAAUAACAUACAAAUCUAAAAUGCUUGGGUUGCACAAAUUCUACGUUCUACUCUAUGUAGUUAAAGCAUUUUUAGAAUUGAAAUGCGCGCAUUAUGCUUUAUAUGUUUACGCACGCAUUCCAAUUCAAUAAAUGCUUAAAUAGUCAAUAAAUGGCAACGCUAUUUCAUUUCGCGAUUAACUGGCACACCAGAUAAAAAGUAGAAAGUCUUUUUCUAUCCGACGUUCUUCCAAGUAUGAUCUGUGUAUGUUGUCCUGUGUACAAAUAGUGUUCGGCGUAAAUGUUCGAAGUGAUACAUAUAACUGCAUUUUAAACUGAAAUAGUACUGUGCCGGCGAUAUCCAAUAAAUAAU